AUGGAGAGCCCCCACGAGCACCAGCAGAACCUGCUGCUGUCCCGCAUCAUCACCAACGUGGAAAAGCUGAACGAGGCCGUCUUGGUGAUGAACAAGGCGCUUCAGGAUAUUAAUGUUCAGAACAUGGACGUGGAGCUUGUGGCUCAAAUGUUCAAGAACUACCGGUCCAACGUCCUGUUCCAUCUGGAGGAGGCGCCCAUCUCGUCUGUACAGAAACUACCGGCAGUCUCUCCCAGUGUCGCCAUGUCGUCCACCGCUGCCUCUGCCUCUGCGGGCGCCUCGUCCUCGUACACCAUCUUUCCGCCGAUCCCUGCCCCGCUGCAGCGCCUCUUUGACCUCGUCCCCCUCGUGACGUAUCCAGCCAAUGCUCUUCCCGACGAGGCUCCAGACGAUGAGCCGGAAGAGGCUGCUGUCGCCCCUCCGACGCUCUUUGUCUUUUCCAGUGCCUCUGAUGCGGCCCGCGGACGGCCUAGUUUUAAUCCUACCUGUUUGAAGUGGCAGACCUACCUCCGUCUUGCCGGAGUCGCCGUGCGUCUGGAGCCGUCGACAAACCACGCAUCUCCGAGCGGCGCCCUGCCCUUUCUCCAGCCCCCCCGCCGACGUGGCCAGACAGCUGCCCGGCCUGUCUCUGCCCACGAGCUGCAAGCCUACACCAAGAGGAUGGCCGAAGAGACUGCCAGGCUUCCAUCCUCCGGCCAGGACGACUCCCGCGCGCUCGCAUACCAGGCGCUCCUCGACACGUGCAUCCGCCGCGCCUGGCUGCAUGCCGUGUAUCUGCACGAGAAGAGUGGCAGCAGUGGCCGCAGUGAGAGCAUAGCCGCCCGGCUGUACGCACAUCCAGCAUCGACGUCUGCGCUGGUUCGUGCGGCACUGGCACGGCAGCUGCGCAUGGCAGCCGCAGCUGAGGUCUGGGGCGCCCAGGGCAGCUCUGGCGGCCAGCAAACCGGCCACGAGACCGCGCAGAUCUACCGCGAGGCUCAGGCAGCACUGCAGGCUUUGGCUACCUUGUUGGAGGACGGCACAGAGAGACCGGAUGAGACAGACGGCCAGACAGACCAGGCCGGCCCGUUCUUCUUUGGCAGCCAUGAGCCGUCACUCUUUGACGCGGCCGUGUUCUCGUACACAAAUCUGCUGCUCGAGGACGACGACAACAACGCCUCGGCUCGCUUCCGCUGGCAGGACCGCACGCUUCCAGACGCUGUGCGCGCUUUGCCAGCAUUGGUACGACAUCGCGUCCGCAUCUUGGAGCGCUGCUGGCCAGAGCUGGCGGCUGGCCAGAAGAACACGGUCCCGUCUUCAGUGACAACAACGGCCGAUUCCAUAACCUGGGUCAAGCUGUGA